AUUGACAAUUCUGGUAUUAGUCUUUAAUCUUGCCUUUGCAAUGCGUUCCGGACUCAUUGCUUCCAUCUUUACGUUAUCUUUUGCCUGUCUUGCUUUGCCAUGUUGAAGGAUGGCUUAGGUGACAGCCAUCAGGCAACUGUUCAAUCGGUUGCCCAGGAGUUUGAAGUUGAGAGCGAGAAAAUACAGCAGAUAACGAAUUAUUUUCUUAAGCAGAUAAAACAUGGGUUAAAAGACAAGCAUGCUUAUCAGAUACCCUCUUUUGUCACACAAAUCCCCAGUGGCCGAGAGAAGGGUCUUUUUCUUGCAGUCGACUUGGGCGGUACAAAUUGUCGAGUGUGUGCUGUUAAGCUUCAUGGCAACUCGACUUUCGAUGUAUUCCAGAGGAAGCACCUUGUCCCUCAUGAUAUUCGAGUACAUUCAAGUCACAAACCUCUGUUCCAUUUCAUCGCCCUGAAGAUCGAAGACCUUCUCCAUGAGCAUACAAGUGAUGGAAGUAGUGAGAACUCUGAGGCUUGUUUCAAUCUUGGCUUCACAUUUAGCUUCACUUGUGAACAGACCUCCAUCUCUAGCGGUACCCUUGUCCACUGGGACAAAGGAUGGGAUAUCCCAAGCACUCUAGGCCAAGAUCCUUGCGCCUUACUGCAGGAGGCAAUUGACGAGAUUUCUUUACCGGUACGAGUUUGCGUUCUGGCCAAUGAUGCAGUUGGAACACUGCUUGCUAGGGCAUAUACGUCGAAAACGAAGAACUCAACAGUGGCAUCUAUAAUCCUCGGGACUGGCACGAAUGCUGCGUAUGUUGAGCGCAUGUCAAAUAUCGAAAGACUCAACGUAGCAGCCGAUCACACCCAAAGCUCUCAGAGGGACGGAAUCAUGGUGAUUAAUACAGAAUGGGGAUCGUGGGAUGACGGGCUGAACGUCCUUCCUCAUACACGGUUCGACAAACUCGUUGACGAGUCUUCUUCAGAUCCUGGAUGCGGUCUUCUUGAAAAGAUGGUCUCAGGCAUGUACCUCGGGGAGCUACUGCGAUUGGCACUCUUGGACCUGAGUCGCAAUGGUGCAUUGGACAUGUCAUAUCAGGAUGGAAGCCCUGUGAACAUUCACAUGGGCAUUGAAAGCGCAUUCUUGACAAAGAUUGCAGAGUCGACACCAGAGAACUCGCAGUCAGAUUUGUCUUAUGUCACCGAUACUCUAGCGGCGACAGGUGUGACAUCCAAGGACUUACGAACUAUCCAGAUGCUGGCUACUGCGAUCGUGCAGCGAUCUGCUCGAUUGGUUGGCGCUGGUCUUGCUGCAAUCAUCAUCCAGUCUGGCAGGCUUGAGACCUCAGGCAAAUCUCAGAAGACAGUCCUUGGAGCUCACACACAUGAGAUACACGAGAAGCCGACAACACCUCGGACUGAUAGCCUGCGAGCCUCUUUCGCACGAUUUAUGAGGCGCAUAUUCGGCUGCAUACGCCCGCAGGAGCCUUUACCGAUAUCGACCAGCGGAUCCUCAUAUGACUCCAAAGUCACUCUCGAGUCCUCCGAACUAACGGAUGAGGUGAUUGAUAUUGCAGUUGAUGGCUCACUUUUCGAGUUUCACGCCGCAUUCGAGGGCUACGUGCGUACUGCUCUGCGUGACGUUAAGGAAGUCGGGGAGACUAAUGAGGCAAGAAUAAAAAUAGAACUUACAAGAGACGGUUCUGGAACUGGCGCAGCACUUAUUGCUGCAGCUGCAUCUUAGCAUAUUAAUGUAGAAACACAAAUAGAC